CUUUCUUUCUUUCUUCUUUUCUUUCCCUUUUUUCCUUUUUCUCUAUUUUUUAAAACUAAAACAUACAUUACCUUUUGAUACGCUUUUAUAUACAAGUAUUAUGUCAGCAAUCAAGGCAAUACCUAAACCAAAUACAAUACAGAAAUUAACCAGUGUAAAUGAGCAAGUUUGGUUAAAACUAGGUAAUUUAGCGGAGAUGAUGUCGGAUUGGGAAAGGGCAGUGAAUGCUUAUGAAUCUGCACUACGACAUAAUCCAUAUUCUAUUACCGCAUUAUCUCACAUAGCUUCUCUUUGCAGAGGAAGGGAACAAUUCGGAAAGGCCGUUGAAUACUUCAAAAGAAUACUUGCCUUACAAGAAAAUAAUGGCGAAGCCUGGAGUGCAUUAGGACACUGCUAUCUUAUGAUGGAUAACUUACAGGAAGCAUAUCAAGCAUAUCAACAAGCAUUAUAUCAUUUACAGAACCCAAAAGAUCCUAAAUUAUGGUAUGGUAUUGGUAUUCUUUAUGAUCGCUACGGUUCAAUUGAACAUGCAGAAGAAGCGUUUUCUGCUGUAUUAAAGAUGGAUCCAAAUUUUGAAAAGGCAAAUGAAAUUUACUUUAGAUUGGGUAUCAUUUAUAAACAACAACAGAAAUAUGACCUAUCACUACAAUGCUUUCGUUAUAUCCUGCGUAAUCCACCAAAACCACUCACAGAGAUCGAUAUUUGGUUCCAAACUGGACAUGUCUAUGAACAACAAAAAGAAUAUGACUUGGCUAAAGAAGCGUAUGAAAGAGUACUAACAGAGAAUUCGGAUCAUGCUAAAGUACUGCAGCAGUUGGGUUGGUUAUACCAUCAACAAAACACGAGCUUCUGCAAUCAAUCCAUGGCUAUUCAAUACUUGACGAGAUCUUUGAAAUCAGACAGUACAGAUGCACAGUCAUGGUAUUUGCUUGGAAGGUGCUAUAUGGUGGAGCAGAAUUACAACAAAGCGUACGAAGCUUAUCAGCAAGCAGUCUAUCGUGAUGCGCGUAACCCAACCUUUUGGUGUUCCAUUGGUGUAUUGUAUUAUCAAAUUAAUCAAUACCGUGAUGCGCUUGAUGCUUACAGCAGAGCUAUUCGACUUAACCCAUAUAUUAGCGAAGUUUGGUACGACUUGGGUACCUUGUAUGAAUCAUGUAAUAAUCAAAUACAAGAUGCUCUGGACGCAUAUCAGCGCGCAGCUGAAUUAGACCCAACCAAUCCUCAUAUCAAGCAAAGAUUAGAAUUGUUAAGAAAGACCAGCCCUAAUGCUGCUAGAAAUAACCAUAAUCAGCCUAUACCUCAGGAUGUUAGUAAUCCAUACCAAUACCAUAAUCAUCAUCAACAACAGCAGCAACAACAGCAGCAUCAACAUCAGCAACAACAACAACAACAACAACAACAGCAGCAGCAGCAACAUCAACAGCAACAGCAUCACCAUCAUUCACUACCGUCUUCUCUUCCUCCUCAACCACAUCAACCACCACAGCCCUCACCUACAAACAAUAGAAUCCCAAGAGAUCUUCCUUUACCUCCUCAGCAAAACAGCUAUUACUCGUAUAAUGAUGUUCGUAUACCUGAUAUCAACAGACAUACUACAAACAAUAUAAGAUCGCCCAUUCCAACUCAGAAUAAACUAUCACCUACACCCCCUCCUUCAUCAAAACUUCCAUUUGAAGAGCCAAGAAGAACGUCUACUCUUUAUGACGCAGAAAAGGCAAAACCUCCCCAACUACCUCCUCCUAAUUUUCGUCAACAAAACAAUAGCCCUACCGAAAGUAGUGCUGCCGAUACACUCAUGAGUAUGUCUCAACAAAAGGCAUCUUAUAUACCUCCCAAGAGACCUUUAGAAAUGGCAGACUCAGACUCAGAUGAAGAAAAGAAACCAAGGUUGGAUUCACCUAAAAAAGCAUCGCCUCCUACGGCUAAAGACACGAUUUCAGUUUCUUAA